UGUUCCUUAUUUUUGUUUAUAAAAGCUGGGUGUGUUUGGUUUGGUUUCCAACUUGCAAGAAUAUAUCUGAAACAAAAACAUGGUAGCUUUGAUACCUCAAGAAAACACGGUUGCUGCUUUGGUAGCUCGCACUGGAAGGCAUUUGCAGCGUUACAGCAAAGGUCGUCGCCAAGUUGUCGGAUGUAUUCCAUAUAGAUAUAAAGCUUCCAAGCAAACUCCCUUAAAGGAUGAUGCACAAGAACUUGAAGUCCUUGUCAUUAGUUCACAGAAGGGCAAAGGGAUGCUCUUUCCAAAGGGAGGGUGGGAACAGGACGAAUCCAAGGAAGGGGCAGCGUCGCGAGAGACGCUAGAGGAAGCAGGAGUCCGAGGACUCAUUGGGUGUGAAUUGGGUAAAUGGAGUUUCAAGAGCAAAAGCCAUGAUUCUGACUAUGAAGGCUACAUGUUCCCUUUACUUGUUCAGGAGCAGUUAGAUUUCUGGCCAGAGAAGAACCUCAGGCAAAGAAUUUGGAUGAAUGUUGAAGAAGCAAGAGAAGUCUGUCAGCAUUGGUGGAUGAAAGAAGCUUUGGAUAGAUUAGUAUAUCGACUAACUCAGCAACAAAAGCAUCAAGGCCCUCUUCUUGAAUCUAGGAAGGAAAAUCUGAUGGCAUGUACAUAGAAAGGGUGCUUUUGGAGAAGUGCUUAUGGAGAUAUCAGUAUUGCUUUUUCCUCUUAGUCAAAAAGCAUUUAGGCAGAGUACUCUCCUAUAGGAUUCAAACAAGCAAGAAAAAAGCCACAACUGAAAAUCAUUAGCUUCUUGUUUUUGUUCUGCUGGAAUUCUAAUCCAGAAAAUUUUGUCACAAUCAUGUUGGUUGAAGCUAAAGAAUCUGAGCAAGAUUGUUUCAAAUAAUAAAACGUUUCAUUUUUUUCGCAAA